GCGGCGCGAGCAGGAGCAGGCGGCGGGCGGGCGGGUGCGCAGGGCGCAGAGCAGCCUCGGCGCCCCUGGACUCGGCCGCAGCUCCCCGAGUCUCAGCUCUCAUCUCCAUCUAACGGGCCAGUGACCAGGAUGCCAAGAGAAUUGUCCACAUUCAUCCUGCGUCACUGCUAGACACAUCUACGAGACACUCCUCCUCCUCUCCCUCCUCCUCCUCCUCCUCCUCCCCAGUCUGCUUGACCUGUUGCUUAGGGACACUGGACACGUCCAACCACUUCUCCUGACAUCUGCCUAAUCAACCAUCACUUCCUGGAGGACAGAAAGGAGUCAGACGCAUGAAAUCAUGCCACCAAUGGCCAAAUGGCAGUGAGUGGUGAUGCUUAGUUGACGUCAAAGACGGAACACUGAAACGUCUGCAGCCCCCACCUCCCCGGCUCUUCUCCUAGCACAACCUGGAGCCCAGCUCCUUCUGGGAAAUCAUCUCGCCCUGAAACAUUCUGAGGUCUUCAGACGGGACUUCUGGACAGCAGACACCAUGGAAGAUCACACAUUCGGUGUUCAGCAGAUCCAACCCAAUGUCAUUUCUGUCCGCCUCUUCAAGCGCAAAGUCGGGGGCCUGGGAUUCCUGGUAAAGGAGCGGGUCAGCAAGCCACCUGUGAUCAUCUCUGAUCUGAUUCGAGGAGGGGCCGCGGAGCAGAGUGGCCUCAUCCAGGCUGGAGACAUCAUUCUUGCUGUCAAUGGCCGACCCUUGGUGGACUUGAGCUAUGACAGUGCCCUUGAGGUGCUCAGGGGCAUCGCCUCUGAGACCCAUGUGGUCCUCAUCCUGCGGGGCCCUGAGGGUUUUACGACGCACCUGGAGACCACCUUUACCGGAGAUGGGACCCCCAAGACCAUCCGAGUGACACAGCCCCUGGGAGCCCCCACCAAAGCCGUCGAUCUGUCCCACCAACCUUCGGAUGGCAAAGAGCAGCCUGUGGCAGUGGAUGGAGCCGUGGGUACUGGGAACGGGCCCCAGCAUGCCCAGGACAGUGGGCAGGAAGCCAACUUGCUCUCUCACACCAACGGCCUGGCACCCCGCACCCCAGGCCAGGACCCCUCCAAGAAAAGUGCCAAAAUUGGUCUCCAGGGCAGCAGAGAGCCCAACGAACUGCUCAGAGAGAUAGAGCCUGUGCUGAGCCUCCUUUCCAGUGGAAGCAGCAGAGGAGCACUUGCCAAGGCAGAGAUGAAAGACUCCGGAGUCCAGGUGGACAGAGACCUGGACAGCAAGUCGCACAAAGCACUGGCCCUUGGCGGGGACAAUGACAGAGUCUUCAAUGACCUGCAGGGGAAGGGCGCUGCACCUGUCAUCCUCAACAACCCAUAUUCAGAGAAGGAGCAGCCCCCUGCCUCGGGCAGACAGUCUCCGCCCAAGAACGGCAGCCCCUCCAAGUGCCCCCGCUUCCUCAAGGUCAAGAACUGGGAGACCGAGGUGGUUCUCACAGACACCCUGCACCUUAAGAGCACGCUGGAAACGGGCUGCACAGAGCACAUCUGCACGGGCUCUAUCAUGCUGCCAUCCCAGCACACACGAAGGCCUGAGGACGUCCGCACCAAGGGUCAGCUCUUCCCCCUCGCCAAAGAGUUCCUGGAUCAGUACUACUCCUCGAUUAAAAGAUUUGGCUCCAAGGCCCACAUGGACAGGCUGGAAGAGGUGAACAAGGAGAUUGAAAGCACCAGCACCUACCAGCUCAAAGACACCGAGCUCAUCUAUGGCGCCAAGCAUGCCUGGCGGAACGCUGCCCGCUGCGUGGGCAGAAUCCAGUGGUCCAAGCUGCAGGUGUUUGAUGCCCGCGACUGCACCACAGCGCAUGGGAUGUUCAACUACAUCUGCAACCACGUCAAGUAUGCCACCAACAAAGGGAACCUCAGGUCAGCCAUCACCAUAUUCCCCCAGAGGACAGACGGCAAGCAUGACUUCCGAGUCUGGAACUCCCAGCUCAUCCGCUACGCCGGCUACAAGCAGCCCGACGGCUCCACCCUGGGGGACCCGGCGAAUGUGGAGUUCACAGAGAUCUGCAUCCAGCAGGGCUGGAAACCUCCAAGGGGCCGCUUCGACGUCCUGCCACUGCUGCUCCAGGCCAAUGGCAACGACCCCGAGCUCUUCCAGAUCCCGCCUGAGCUGGUGCUGGAAGUGCCCAUCAGGCACCCCAAGUUUGACUGGUUCAAGGACCUGGGCCUGAAGUGGUACGGCCUCCCCGCCGUGUCCAACAUGCUGCUGGAGAUCGGAGGCCUGGAGUUCAGUGCGUGUCCCUUCAGUGGCUGGUACAUGGGCACGGAGAUUGGCGUCCGCGACUACUGUGACAGCUCACGCUACAACAUCCUGGAGGAAGUAGCCAAGAAGAUGAACCUGGACAUGAGGAAGACGUCCUCGCUGUGGAAGGACCAGGCGCUGGUGGAGAUCAAUAUCGCCGUCCUCUACAGCUUCCAGAGUGACAAAGUGACCAUCGUCGACCACCACUCUGCCACCGAGUCCUUCAUCAAGCACAUGGAGAACGAGUACCGCUGUCGCGGUGGCUGCCCAGCCGACUGGGUGUGGAUUGUGCCCCCCAUGUCGGGCAGCAUCACCCCUGUCUUCCACCAGGAGAUGCUCAACUACCGGCUCACGCCCUGCUUCGAGUACCAGCCCGAUCCUUGGAAUACCCACGUCUGGAAGGGCACCAAUGGGACCCCCACCAAGCGACGCGCCAUCGGCUUCAAGAAGCUGGCAGAAGCUGUCAAGUUCUCGGCCAAGCUGAUGGGGCAGGCCAUGGCCAAGAGGGUCAAAGCCACCAUCCUCUAUGCCACCGAGACGGGAAAGUCGCAAGCCUAUGCCAAGACUUUGUGCGAGAUCUUCAAACACGCCUUUGAUGCCAAGGUGAUGUCUAUGGAGGAGUACGACAUCGUGCACCUGGAGCAUGAAACUCUGGUUCUGGUGGUGACCAGCACCUUUGGCAACGGGGACCCCCCUGAGAAUGGGGAGAAAUUCGGCUGUGCUUUGAUGGAAAUGAGGCACCCCAACUCUAUGCAGGAGGAAAGGAAGUACCCGGAACCCUUGCGUUUCUUUCCCCGUAAAGGGCCUUCCCUCCCCCGUGGUGACACUGAAGCCCACGGUCUGGCUGCAGCCCGUGACAGCCAGCACAGGAGCUACAAAGUCCGGUUCAACAGCGUCUCCUCCUACUCUGAUUCCCGCAAAUCCUCGGGCGAUGGGCCUGACCUCAGAGACAACUUUGAGAGUGCUGGACCCCUGGCCAAUGUGAGGGACACCCUGCUGGAGGAGCUGGGCGGGGAGAGGAUCCUGAAGAUGCGGGAAGGGGACGAGCUUUGUGGGCAGGAAGAGGCCUUCCGGACCUGGGCCAAAAAGGUCUUCAAGGCAGCCUGCGAUGUGUUCUGUGUGGGCGACGAUGUCAACAUCGAGAAGGCCAACAAUUCGCUCAUCAGCAACGACCGCAGCUGGAAGAGGAACAAGUUCCGCCUCACCUAUGUGGCUGAGGCUCCAGAACUCACGCAAGGUCUUUCCAACGUCCACAAAAAGCGAGUCUCUGCCGCACGACUCCUGAGCCGUCAAAACCUGCAAAGUCCUAAAUCCAGCCGAUCCACGAUCUUUGUGCGUCUGCACACCAACGGAAACCAGGAGCUCCAGUAUCAGCCCGGAGACCACCUGGGGGUCUUCCCUGGCAACCACGAAGACCUCGUGAAUGCCCUCAUCGAGCGGCUGGAGGACGCGCCCCCUACCAACCAGAUGGUCAAGGUGGAGCUGCUGGAAGAGCGGAACACGGCUUUGGGCGUCAUCAGUAACUGGAAGGACGAGCCCCGCCUCCCCCCCUGCACCAUCUUCCAGGCCUUCAAGUACUACCUGGACAUCACCACACCGCCCACGCCCCUGCAGCUGCAGCAGUUCGCCUCCCUGGCCACCAGUGAGAAGGAGAAGCAGCGCCUGCUCGUCCUCAGCAAGGGGCUGCAGGAGUACGAGGAGUGGAAAUGGGGCAAGAACCCCACAAUGGUGGAGGUGCUGGAGGAGUUUCCGUCCAUCCAGAUGCCGGCCACCCUGCUGCUCACCCAGCUGUCCCUGCUGCAGCCUCGCUAUUACUCCAUCAGCUCCUCCCCGGACAUGUACCCCGACGAGGUGCACCUCACUGUGGCCAUCGUCUCCUAUCAUACCCGAGAUGGAGAAGGACCAGUUCACCACGGCGUGUGCUCCUCCUGGCUCAACCGGAUACAGGCUGACGAAGUGGUGCCCUGUUUUGUGAGAGGCGCACCCAGCUUCCGCCUACCCCAAAACCCCCAGGUCCCCUGCAUCCUGAUUGGUCCGGGCACCGGCAUCGCCCCCUUCCGAAGCUUCUGGCAGCAACGGCAGUUUGACAUCCAGCAUAAAGGAAUCAGUCCCUGCCCCAUGGUCCUGGUCUUCGGGUGCCGGCAAUCCAAGAUAGAUCACAUCUACAGGGAGGAGACCCUACAGGCCAAGAACAAGGGCGUCUUCAGAGAGCUGUACACAGCCUACUCCCGGGAGCCGGACAAACCAAAGAAGUACGUGCAGGACGUCCUACAAGAGCAGCUGGCCGAGGCCGUGUACCGAGCCCUCAAAGAGCAAGGGGGCCACAUCUAUGUCUGCGGGGAUGUCACCAUGGCCGCCGACGUCCUCAAGGCCAUCCAGCGCAUCAUGGCACAGCAGGGGAGACUCUCGGAGGAGGACGCCGGCGUGUUCAUCAGCAGGCUGAGGGAUGACAACCGAUACCAUGAAGAUAUUUUUGGAGUCACCCUGCGCACCUAUGAAGUGACCAACCGCCUUAGAUCUGAGUCCAUUGCCUUCAUUGAAGAGAGCAAGAAAGACACGGAUGAGGUUUUCAGCUCCUAAGUGAACCCUGUUGCCCAGAGGGAUGGCAGGCGGCACCCCAAGUGCCCCAGAGGGGGUGGCCGCAGCUUUUCUAAGUGGACACACGGCUGACCCUUUCCUCCGGGACCCCGUGCGGCCCCCCUCCGCCUCUCGUCCUGUCGCUGUGUCCUGGUUUCCCUCUUCGGGGUUCCGCCCCUCCGUGGUGUCCUCAGGUCUCCUGGGUUUUCUCCUCAAGUUCUCCUGCUGCAGUGUGAUGCCCUUCUGACCCGCAAUGGCUCCUACACAACCGCGCCUCCCCGCUUGCUGGCUGCCCAAGGCAAAUCACGGGUGCAUGAAACCAGUGGAUAGUGGCCACCGCUGCUGUUAGGGCUUGUCCUGGGGGAAGGGGGCCACUGGAAAGGCUUCGGGCGCUGGACAGAAGGCUGAGCCAGUCUCUGCCGCUCUGUCCCCCAGUUCUUUCUUGGGAUGGCAUUUUGGUCAUGUGUGCGCAUCUGUGCGUGUGGCCAGCCUGGCUCUCUACUGAUGCCAGUGUCCCUAAAACACUGGAACACCCCCUAACUGUCCUGGUAGAAGGCCAGGAAAGAGGAAGGGGAUAGGAAGAUUCAGGGGAAGAGCUCCCUGCAAGAGAGAAUCACAGAAUUGGAUGAGUUUAGGUUUGCGUGCUGUUCAUGUCCUCCCUGGGAAGCGAGCCGCUGCCCAGCCAGGGGCCCCUGACACAACCACACUCAUGGACGCUCCCCAGGCAUCCACCUGCAAGGCCCAGAAUGAGUGCUAUCUGGAAGGAAGGAUCUUCUCACUGUGCCACCGGAGACCUGGGAUGAGUCUCUUGUCCUCAGUUUCCCCUAGUCGUAUUAUGAACCUAAAGAAUAUGCGUGAACUGGCCAUUCCUACUGUGGAGCCUGGGAGGAAUGAGUGUCCAGGAGGGAGGUGAUUGCUACAGUUCCAUUCAACCAGGUGGGGCUUGUUGAUUCAGCCCUGAGCUAAGAUAACCAAAGCCAGUAAAAGGAAUCAGGUGCAAGCAGGACGUGGCAACACGCACCAUGACCCCAGCACUCCAGGAGGCUGAGGCAGGAGGGUGGCAGUUUCAAGCCCAGCCUGGGCAACCA